AUGAUUGGCAAACUUGUUUUGUGUUCUUGGAUACUCGGAUGGAUCAGCCUCUACGGAGAUCCCGCGGUGGCGCAGGGGUGGCCGACGCCCCUCGACGAAUCCGCGGACGAGAAGAACGAUGCAGAAAUUUUUCGGGCGGUCGUCGAAUCGAUGAAAGAGUGGACGUUGCACAAGAAACUGAAUCACAGGGCGAAGAGGGAUGUCUCGAAGGUCUGCUACGAGGAUGUCGGCUGCUUCGAGGACACAGGACCGUUCAGCUACUUGGAGAUGUUACCGUCGCCGCCCAAAGACGUCGGCACUAGGUUUUUAGUAUACGGAAGCAGGAAGGCGAGAUCGAUCCCAAUGGAAGUUCCUGCCGACGACAUAAACGAUAACGCGCACCGUGCCAUAGAUCCGGAACUACCCACCAAGGUGAUCGUCCAUGGAUUCGGGUCCAGUUGCGAUCACGUCUGGGUUUACGAGAUGAGAUCCGCGCUAAUGACCGUACACGAAUGCAAUAUAGUGUGCGUCGACUGGGGUCCCGGAAGCGCAGUUCCUAACUACGUAAGAGCAGCUGCCAACACACGUCUUGUCGGGCGACAGCUAGCGAAACUAAUUAGAAGCUUGAACGUACCCCUGGAGAAGGUACAUCUGAUCGGUUUCAGUCUGGGUGCCCACGUGGCCGGGUUCGCCGGUGCCGAAUUGGGCAACGUUUCCAGGAUUACAGGACUGGACCCAGCGGGACCUCUAUUCGAGUCACAAGAUCCGAGGGUCCGUCUCGACGAAACGGACGCGAAUUUCGUCGACGUGAUUCACAGCAACGGCGAACAAUUGCUGCUGGGUGGUCUCGGUUCCUGGCAGCCAAUGGGCGACGUGGACUUUUAUCCAAACGGUGGCAGAAUGCAAACCGGCUGCUCUAAUCUGUUUCUAGGCGCUGUGUCCGACAUCAUCUGGUCGAGCGCAGUGGAAGGCAGAUCCCUCUGCAACCAUCGAAGAGCUUACAAAUUGUUCACGGAUUCGGUCAGCCCGAAGUGUCGAUUCCCGGCGUUUUCCUGCGAACGAGGCUACGACGGUCUGCUCAAAGGCGACUGUUUCCCCUGCGGAAUGAACGGAAUCGGCAGACCAUGCGGUGACAUGGGCUACUACAGCGACGAGUCGCCGGCAAGAGGGCAGCUCUACUUGGUUACCAGGGACGAGGAACCAUUUUGUGCUCAUCAGUUCCAGGUGAAAGUCUACAAUAGUCACAGCGAAAGGCCAACCAGAAGUUACGGGAAGCUGCAAGUGACUCUGGUCGGAGAUGGCGCAUUCAACGACACCUUUGCGAUGACACGCAAGGACGAAGAACUUCUGGUGGGCGCGGUUCUUCAGAAGAUUAUUGUACCGCAUCCUGCGAUUUCGAGUUUGGAGGCCAUCGAGGUCAAGUACACCGCGUACAGCGGCUGGAUCUCCUCUGGCUUAGUGUCAUGGAGCAUCGACAAAGUUGUCAUCAUCGACAGCUUCGGCAAGUCUCUUUCUGUCUGCAGAAAAAGCUUGAGCCUAGAAUCCGGGAAAUCUGUGUACCUUCCUCUUUUCCCUGGCGAGUGUAACGUGCCCACGGAAUCGGACAAUUCGACGUCUCCGGUCUUGGAACGUCUUGUUCAAGAGAAACAAGGUGGCAUCGGUCCGUUCACCAAAGAGCAAAAUUAUGAGACCCAAGACUCUACGUCCCCGGUGGAAACGUUCUCGAAUGAAAGAACAUCAUCCUCGUCCUCGUCGAGGGGCCUGGGACCGUUUACCAAGGAGCAGAAUCUGCGAAUAAUCGAGAGGACAGAAAGCUUCAAGCCAAAUAGCUUCGAGGAUCCUGGAAAUCGUCGUAGUACGUCGAAUCCUUGGAACAUCUUGGACAUAUCCGGUGACGGGGACUCGAAUUCGUUAGAGAAUUCGGAUUCUGAACAGGGCAGAGGAUUUUCUGGUAGGAAUUUCAUCGUGAAAUCUCCGUCCCCGGAGUCCUCGGUGGAGGCGACGACGGAUAUUUUGCCAGAGAUCAGAGAACCUGUCCUCCAGGCGAACAAGAAAGAAACCGGAAGAUCUCUGAAACUUCCAGAGAUAAUGGAGCCUAUUCUCAGACCCCGUUCCGCGAGACAGAACAGCAGAAACGAGGUCCACCCUCGUGAAAAGCAAAAGGACGAGAUACAGGAGACGUCAUCGACUACAAGGUCCUUUACCGUACAGUUUCUACCGGAAAGAUUGGCGGGAAUCCUGGCGCAGGCUGAAAGAUACGCGAGGCAGACCCUUCUCCCUCUGAUUUCUCAGUACAGUCCGAGCUUCGUGGCUGGAUCCCGAUACGAGGAACCCAAGUACUUCCCACCACUGGGAGACAUUGCCUCGGAGGAGAUCAGAGAAACCGAAGGAUCGGAAUCGAACGCUAGCUACGAUCAAGAUAAUGAAAGUAGUAUGGUUGAGCCUGUCUCCGAAGUAGCGAACGAAGACCUUUCUGAUAGCACAUCGGUUGAAGUACCUGCGAUCGUUGGUUCGAACACGACAGACGCGCAGACUCGUAGAUCGAAUAGCGGGCUGGGAGGCGACAAGUGGGUACUCAUAAAUCCCUCUUCGACCCUGAACACCGUUUCCCGGAACGAAUUCAACGUGUCCAGGUCUUUGAACUGGGAGAAUGCUAAUUACAGUUGGUCCAUAGAGACAGACGAUAACGUAGAGAACAGUAGCGUGAAACCAGACAACGAUUGGGUGCCUAUCACAUCGAAGAACGAGGUUCAACUGACCGAAGGUGCGAGCAACGUCUCCAGCGAAAUAUCUUCGAUCUCCACUGUGUCUGAUAAGAUUCAACUGGUCCACGAUCGAAUGGAGUCUGAAACAGUAAGAAAUUCCGAAGGUAAUUCGAACGAUGCUGUUACGUCAGCGAAUGAAGAAAGGAAGUACAUACCUCUGGUUAAGCCAGAAACGAAGGAACAGCCAUCGACGAAUUCCAACGACGUGACGGAAUCUCGUUCGACCGCACCGACGGACUCGAAUAUUCAGAGGAUUCCUACAACGAAAGAAGGUAAAGGUGAGGUGAGAAGCUCCACGAGGAGAAGCAUGAUCUUUCCUUACGCUUAUGAGAGGAAGAAAGAUCCCAGGACUAGAUACAUACCUCUGAUACCGGAAGAGGACUUUGGGAGGCCUCACGUCCCCAUCGAGAGAGAACGAUGA